UUCAACCAGUUUACAAAUAUGGUGCUGUUUUCUUACAUCUCACAGCCAUUUGAGCAAAGCACUCAAUUUAGAAUUUCAGACUCUCUCUCUCUCUCUACUAUUUCUGUGCCUUCCUCAGUUGACUCCCUACGCCUAUUAAGCUUCCCAACUCGUCUUUCUCUCACCAAGUUCAAAUUCUAUUGCCCUCUCUCUCUCUACAUAUUCUUACUGGCAUCUGGAUUAGAUGGUGCCUUCACCUGGUGCAUCUGAAUCAGGAUGAGAGGGCUUUCUGGUGCAUUGCCUUCUCCAGUUGAACCCAGGCAUAGGCAAGCUGGCUUACUUGACAGUGGGAGCAAAAGGAGGAUCCAAAGACUGACAGACUUGGAAGACACUGAUAAGGCCAUCUUCAAUCCCGUUCAGGACAGGAAUUCGAGCUGCAAGCUUUGCUCUCUGAAGCUUGUUCUUGUUCUUAUCAUAUGCGGCACUUUCUUAACACUCCUCCAUUCUCCAACAUUUCAUCAUGGAGAGCAACCCUUAAAGACAAGAUAUGUAGAUUUGGGUUGGCCAUGGGAGACAUCGGUUACAGAUGACCAAUAUGUCUCACGAUCUGAGGUCAGCUGGUCCCAAAUUUCCAAAUUCCUGGAUCAGCUGAGCAAGACAAGAGAAAAACUAUCGGUUGGGUUGCUAAACUUCAACUCUUCCGAACUCCAUCAGUGGAAGAAGUUGACACCAGGUCUAAAACCGGUCAAAUUACACAUAGAACAUGCAAAACCAAACAUCACAUGGGAUUCACUUUACCCCGAGUGGAUAGAUGAAGAAGAAUUCUCUGAAAUUCCUGUUUGCCCUUCCUUACCAUUGCCUAAUGCUCCAAGGAAUUUGAAGCUUGAUUUAAUUGCGGUAAAGCUUCCAUGCAAAAGGGUAAAGAACUGGUCAAGAGAUGUGGCCAGGCUCCAUUUGCAGCUUGCAGCGGCAAAGCUUGCUGUUUCUAUGGAUGGCUCCUCAUCUCACAUUCUUCUUGUGUCUGAGUGUUGGCCUAUCCCAAAUCUUUUCACAUGCAAGGAGCUCAUCUUUCAUGAAGGAAACACAAGGGUUUAUAGGCCCGACAAGGUGACAAUGGUGAAGAAACUUGGGCUACCGGUUGGGUCCUGUGAGCUUGCAGUGCCACUCAAAGCAAAAGACCGCAUCUAUGCCGGAAACCCGCGUCGUGAAGCCUAUGCGACCAUCCUGCACUCUGCCCACAUCUAUGUCUGUGGCGCCAUUGCUGCUGCACAAAGCAUCCGUCUCACAGGCUCAACCCGUGACCUCGUCAUACUUGUCGAUGAAACUAUCUCCUCCCAUCAUAGAAGUGGCCUUGCAGCGGCAGGUUGGAAGAUAAGGACCAUCCAAAGGAUCCGAAACCCUAAGGCCGAGAAAGAUGCGUAUAAUGAAUGGAACUAUAGCAAGUUUCGACUUUGGCAACUCACUGACUAUGACAAGAUUAUAUUCAUUGAUGCCGAUCUCCUCAUACUAAGAAACAUUGACUUCCUCUUUGAAAUGCCUGAGAUAACGGCCACUGGUAACAACGCUACCUUGUUUAACUCUGGAGUAAUGGUGCUUGAGCCCUCUAAUUGCACGUUCAAUCUACUAAUGGACCACAUUAACGAAAUUGAGUCAUAUAAUGGGGGGGACCAAGGGUACUUGAAUGAGAUUUUCACAUGGUGGCAUCGAAUACCAAAGCGUAUGAACUUUUUGAAGCAUUUUUGGGCCAAAGAUGAGGAGGAGAAAGAGUAUAAGACCCGGCUAUUUGCUGCAGACCCACCUGAGCUCUAUGUCCUCCACUACUUGGGCCUGAAGCCAUGGCUAUGCUUUAGGGAUUAUGAUUGUAAUUGGAAUGUGGACAUAUUGCAAGAGUUUGCAAGUGAUAUUGCUCAUUGGAGGUGGUGGAAAGUGCAUGAUAUGAUGCCUGAGAAACUGCAGAGGUUUUGUCUGCUUAGAUCAAAGCAAAAGGCAGGGUUAGAAUGGGAUCGCAGGCAAGCGGAGAAGGCGGCCUAUGAUGAUGGCCAUUGGAAGAGAAACAUAACCGAUCCUCGUCUUAAGAUUUGUUUUGAAGAGUUUUGCUUUUGGGAGAGCAUGUUAUGGCAUUGGGGCGAAACGAAUUGGACUGACGAUGCUACUCCUGUCACUACCACUGUACCAACAGCUUCUCUGUCUAGUCUGUAAUUUGUUAUCUUCAUUAUUAUUUUUCAUCACGAACUCGAGUUCGUGAUGAAAUUCAUUGAAGUUGGGGAUGUUUUUAGUUUGGCUUCGAUCUUAUCCUCAAUUUUGACAAUCUGUAGCCCAAGUCAUAAAUUGUUUCACAAAUUUAAAUCUCAUUGGUACUUCGAAUA